GUCGAUUUCUAAUUCUGCGGCAAUACAUUUCGAGGCAAACCAUGUUGACGUUGCUGUCUAAUCAUAGUUCCGAAUGUUAGUAAACAAAGCAACAGUGUGCCGGGAAAAUGCCUCAGGAAUUGCGCGUAGUGCGUUGUUUUCAGUGUUCCAAAUUCCAGGUUGACAUCGUCAAAAAAGCUAACAAAUGGAUGUGCAAGGUAUGCGGUGUAAAGCAAUCGCUGAUGAAAGAAUACUUCAGAGGUUCUGGAAAAGAAUGCAGAUCUGUGGUGCAUGAGCUAACGGAACGGAAUAUUGCUACGGAUGACCAGGAGGCUAAACUUGCCGAGUUUGUGUUACAGAACGAUAUUCAGCUUCCGAAACCCUCUACUCACACGCCAAUGGUGGAGGGAUCCAUCCAAGAAUCAUCUUCGUCAAACGAUUACAUGCUUACCAACAAUGUAGCUAGCAAAUGGGAUUCGUUUGUACCUAAAAAGGACGAGGAAGAUGUGUCGGACGGUUUAGAAUUGGAGAAAGCACUAGCACAAGUUUCUGACACACAUUUCGACCGUGAAAAGGUGCAUGUACCAGGUACAAGGAAGUAUAGUGGAAAUCGUUCAAGUAAAUGGGGCCAUUUUCGGCAAGUAACAGAAGCUGAAUCGAUUGAAGAUGAUUCGGGAGACCUUUUUAACGACCGACAGAAGUCAACAAUCGACUAUGUGAGUAACAAUGAGGCAGGACCAAAAAUUUCUAAACAAGCUCUUAAUGUUAAUCGACAGAGAACACCUCACAUAAGUACAAUUAAUCAGCCUAAAGCGCUCGUCAAUUUUCAUCAGAAGAAACCUAUCCACAGAGUACAGCCAUGCGUUCCAAUUGGUCAUUCCGAUUCCUUUUCUCCCAUGGAUGAAGAAACAAAUACUGUGUGUAAGAAACGAAAACAUCUAGAUGCAACUGCUACACCGUUGAUGAAUUUCGGAAAACGCCCUACCAAGGAAAACUCAUCAUCUAAACCUUCGGCGGAAAGCGGUUCCUUAUUCGAAACAGUAUCGAAGAGACAAAACCUGGACAAUGCUGGAUCUAGCUGCGCCUCAAAGUGGGCUAAAUUUGUGGCGGAGGAUGAAGAAACGAACGGAAAUCUUGACGAUUUUUUGUGUCUUUCUUAGUAUUGCAAAUGAUCAUUUUCUAACACUCAGUUAUGAUAACAUUCUUGCAAGCGUUUAUUAUGUAGCUAAAGAAUCCAAAAAUAAAUAAUUAAAAAUAUAAUAACUGAUGUAACAAACAUUCCACCGUACAUUACGUACUUGUCUUCCACAAGUCUUCGUUCAAUCAUUUUCAUCGUUUGAUUCGACAAACCCAGAGUACUUCCCACAUCCAUGAUUCGCCUUCGAGCCCCUUUCAGUGUUUCGCGUUGAGAUUUUAAUCCAUCCAAGACACUAGAACCAGUCCAGAGCAUUUCGUCGACACCACGGUGCGCGUUUUGCAUGGAAUUAUGAUGCUGUAA